AUAGACUCCCUUUAUGGCUAAAUAAGUUAGUAAAUAAGAGCUUUUGAGUGAACUUUCCCAGUGGCAAAGAUCAUUUCACACUUUUUUUCACCAUGUCUGUGAGGUGAGAAUAACUAACAACUUUUAAAUGUGAUACUUGGCAUUCAAAUCUGGUAGACGGCCACAAAUGUGGCAAGAACCGUUGGGACUGUGACGCACAUUAUCUGUCUAGUUUACUCACUGUGGGUCUUGUGGGGAGACACCUAUGUACUCACUAGAAAACAAGACACGUGCUUUCACACACCAUACACAAGAAUUUCAAAAAUCCACACACAACACCCUCAAAAAGUACCUUGAAUUCAAAUUGAUGUGCAAUGUGUACUUUUGUACAUAAUAACUCUACCUUAUCUACUGAUUAAAAAACUGCUGAAUAAAAUGUAGUCUUACCUUUGGCUUUUUUUUUUUUAUCUUUGGUUUAUUUAUUUAUUUUUAAUACUAAAUGUUAAAGGCAUUAAAAUUUCUUUCAGUUUCUUUGCUGUUGAAUAUGUUUGUGCUGUGCAGACAGGGACAAGUAACCACAAAGCACAAACACACCUUAAAUCUGUCUGCCUGCUCUGCUCACGACAGGAAGUGGCAGACAAGCCAAUGUGUGUUCUUUCACCUCAGUGCAGCUGGCUUGUCAGUCACUGAUAAUCUGAGGUUAAAUAUUUAAAAUAAAAAAGGUAAAAAUAACAAUAAAUAAAACAUAUAAUAAAAAGGAUAAACACUACAUUCACGAUUCGAUAAUUUUGUCAGAUUUGUCUUUAAAACCCUUUUUUGUCUAUAAGGCUCCCUCUAGUGAUGAACAUGCACAUUUUCCCCAAGCAUGGAACGUUUAAAAUGUUAAACAUGUUUAAAAGCAUGCAUUUUCGGUGUUUAGGAUUAUCCUAGCACACCGAUUAUAAAGCUAAUACACGUGGACUAGAGGGGCAGCGAAGGGUUGCCAUGGUUUCGGCAUUCCAUUAUUUGUGUUGGAGGAGGAAGUCGCAUGUGCUUUCGCUUUUGACAUCUUACAUUUGACGAGAUAUGAUGAAGUUCCCUCAGAGUCAAACUUAUGCGUCCGCCGGGAACUUGGACGACAAAGAAAACUUGGAAGAACAUUCCACGUUCUUAUCCGGUCGAAAGGAUCUAUGAUUGUUCUAUGGAAAGCACGAGGGAUAAAAACAGGUGGAAGUCGCAUAAUAAUGGAGUGGCUUGCAGCGCACGCACCUACUAAUUGCCCGUCUACUGCACCUACUUGUAAGUGGCGGGUCCAGAGCAGGUUUCGGACAGAUCUUACACCACCGCUUGAAGGUGCCCCUCGGUCAACAGAGUGUGAUAAGGACGUCUACAUUACUCAGUUAGUACAGCGACUGGAAAGUCUGUACAUGUCUGUGGCAGUGAACACACAACAGGUAUCUUUGGUAGGCAGCAUUUCUAAUGCCUGUAUGGCACAGGAACCAACCACCUGUUGCAGCCAAACAAAAUCAUCCCAAGUCUCAAAUCAACAUCAUAAAACCCAGUUAAGGAUGCUGUCACACAGAUGGCAGAGGCUUUGUCUUCAGCCUCUAAUCCUCUGGGACACACAAGAACACAUUUCUCAACAUAAACCUGAGGUAAAAACCGGAACAGAACUGGAAAUCCACCCCAUACAGGUCAUUGUUUCUCCAAGGGGCGAACGACCAGAUGAGAUCAAGGGAAUCAGUAAUUCCCUUUGUAGCAGAUACAAUAAUGAACCAUCUGAAUCAAUCGAAUCUGAAAACAGUGACCUCUCUGACCAAGAGAAAGACAAUAAACCUAUAUUCAAAUGUGAAACUGCUGUAGAAUUGGACCUGAGGCCAGACUCAUUUAGAGAUCUAGAACUUGCAGAAGGAACAGGAGAGCAAGUGUAUCCUGAGGUACUUCCAUUUCCACUCAAAGAUUUCAACUUUAGGCAGUUGUUAUCCACAGCAGAUGAUUUGGAUAGCCAGCACAACCUGUGUUUAACCGACCCUUGUCUCACAGCUAUGGCUGCACGCAUGAUAAUGCUGGAGAAACUUCAAACUGCGACUAUACAGAAAGAACAAGGAAAAACAGCCAGAUCUCGUCCAGCAACUGCUUUGGUUCGAAGCGCCGGUCGUCUGAGACGUGUGGAAAGCCCUUGUUCUCAGGUAGAACACUUCAGGACUAAAGGAAAUAAUUCAGGUUUAGAUGAUGUUACAAAACGCACCCUGUCUACAAGCACUCAUUCAAAGUCUAUGCAACGUAAUCGCCCAUCCCCAAAUUCUGGGAAGGUGUGGACUGGAUUUCAGCAGCCACCGGCUUUACCUAAGAAGUCACACUCUGGUGUGGUCAGAUUAAAGAAGACUGAAGCCCUUGUUCAAGAUCUUGUUGUUCAUUCGAGCAUGUCACCAAAAUGCAAUAGUCCAAAUAGUUCCAAGAGAUGCAAACCCACAAAGAAAGCCAUGCCACAGCAUCAGAAGACUUCCUCUGAAAAGGCUAGUGUUCCUGCUAAAGCUCUUUGCAGGAAAACAUAAUAAUUUGUAAGGUUUUUAAGAUUGAAGAUUAACAGUGUGUUAUUACCUGUGUGCAAGUUACUGUAUUUAUUGUUCCAAAUUCAAUACAAGUUGAGCUCCAUCAACAACAUUUGUGGCAUGCUGUCAGUUACCACAGAAAAACAACUUCAGUUUUGGGGAAAACCAUUUUACACAGUAACCCAAAACAUUUCUUCAGUAGCUCUGUUUUAUUUGUGGGAUU